AUUGAUCUUAUCAUUGGUUGAUGCAGGUGAAAACAUGGGCAGAACUGUUGAAUACAUUCUGCACCAGUGGGAAGCUUGAGCUUGAACUGAUGUACAAAGUUCAGAUGCAAUGCUAUGAGGAUGCUAAGCUGAUGAAGCUCUUCCCCGAGAUUGUGAGAUCUCUGUAUGACCAGGAUGUUCUUGCAGAAGACACCAUUCUUCACUGGUUCCGAAAAGGAACAAACCCCAAGGGCCGGCAAACCUUUGUGAAAGCCUUGGAGCCCUUUGUUAAGUGGCUGGAGGAGGCAGAGGAAGAGGAGUAAGUGAGUUGUGGCAUCAUGAUCUAUCUUGUUGCAGUUUAAGUUAUUUUCUGUUCCUGAGAUGUGAACUAAUAAAAUUCUUUGAGAUGUUAUGUUUUUUGUUAUGCUUGUUGAUGAUGAUACGAUUUGCAAAAAAUUUGACAUUCCUUGUUUCGUGUAAUAACCAAAGUGCCCUAUGCCUUGACUUUUAUUUUAAAAACCUGAUUAUUAUUCAAGUCAAUAUCUGGGCAUUCUCCGAAGUUCUGGGUA